AUGCUUAGAGGGUGGAUGUUGGAAUCUGGGGUAAUAGAAAUCAAGCCAUCAACAAUAACUCACUUAAGAAGAAAACUUCGUGUUGAAUUUGGAGAUUCCUUACACUUGAUUCAAAAGGAAUCUAACAAAGUUAUCGUCUACCCAGAUAGCCUCACACGGGAUCAGCUAGUCUUAUCAAACCAUCGCCUACAAAAGGAAGUAAACGUUUUAAUGGCCUCUCGUUCACACAUUGGCAAAAGUUUAAAAGAUGUAGCUAGUGAGAUUAGGCAGUCUGUAAAGCAACACUGCGCUAAACAAGAGUGGCCCCCAGAUCCCUCCAAUAUCACCCAGGAAAACAGUGACGCUCCAACUCUAGUGACGUUCUGGGUGGCGAUGAUCAAGAGCUCGGUGAACGCAUGUCCUGGCUUAGCAGUUCUGUUGGUCAAGACCUUAUGUUUGGUAUAACCCAUGGUCGAUACAAGCCUGCAAAAAACAUUCUGUUACCCUCCGCAGUCAAAUCGCUAACAGGUAUUUCAUUAUUAUAAAAUUUAUUAUAAAUGUUUUUACAAGUGGCUGCAAUUUAUUCAGGAUUAAACUUUCAAUCUAUUUCAGGUAAUGUUGAGCUUAUACAAAUUCUAAACCGUCUUGGGCACGGUAUAUCAUAUUCUCAACUCGAAGAGGUUGAUACAGCCCUGUGCCUACAAAAACUUGCCAUGACACCUGAAGAUGGCGUCCCUCUCCCAAGCAACAUAUACCCAGGUACAAAUACUGUCCUCGCCUUUGGCAAUAUUGAUAGGCUCGAAGGAACCCUGUCCGGAGGUGGGACAUCGCAUCAUGUUAAUGGUAUCGCCGUUCAGCCUGUUACUUACGGCCCUAAUCAGAAAAUAGUGGUCGCCAAGGUGGACAAGACAAAGAAAAGAUCAUUCUCUGCCCCAGAAGAGCCUCUCCCCAUCUACAAUGUCGGCAAGCGAGUUGGGCCCCCACCAAGAAAAAUGAGGGAGGUUGAUGGCGAAACAAUUCUUAAAGAAUUUACAAAGAAGAAUCUGCUGUUCAUCCUUGCUCGUCAACAUUAUGCAGCCCACCAACAAAAGGUCAGCAGCUGGACUGGGUUUAACAUCAUGGUUCACGACAAAGACGCCAUCAUUCCCAAUAAUGUAGGCUAUUUGCCAAUCAUUAAUGCACCAGCCACUGAUGUUUCCACCGUCAACGAAGCCCUCAACCUAUCACUCACUAUCAUGCGCACGCUACAUCUCACAAGCAUCAUAUGUGUUUUCGAUCAGGCCAUCUAUGCCAGGGCGUUUGAGGUGAAGUGCAAGGAGUAUGAGAAGUUCAAGCCCAUAGUUCUACGUCUUGGAACUUUUCAUACCCUUGGUACAUUGAUCUCUAUCAUCGGUAAAAGGUUUCUGCAUGCUGGUCUAAAGGACUUAAUCAUUGAAGCUGGGGUAGUGGCUAAAGGGAUCCGUGUCUGCAGUUCUGGAGGGCCGAAACUAUAA